AUGUCAAUGGCUUGUUCAGCAAAGCGAACGGGUAGCAAGGUAGACUCCGAUUUUGUAGCCAACAACGGUGGCAAGGCAGUUGGCAUUCUCGGCGCCAACUUCAAGUCCAUCGCAGUUGACAGCCGCCUCAAGCCCGAGGUGGUUCCAUUCUUCUCCGCGUAUCUGACAUCCGAGGGUGGGAAGGUUGUCCUCCCCGGGACCAGUAUGCCCACUGCAUAUAUUGCCGGCGUUAUCGCUCUGUACUUCUCAGCGAACGGCGGCCGCUCCAACAGCGCCAUCAGUGCCGGCGACUCGGCCCACCAGCUCAUACUUUCAGUUAUGACCUACAAGACAUCCAUCACUCCCGCGGUUAUCAACCUCAACGACACAGAUCACUUCCAAGGCACACACGAGAUCAGGAUUGAGAACAGGGAAAACGAGAUUGUGACAUACAACAUUAUUCACGAAGUCGGCUCCACUAUUUCCACCAAAGCAGAUUCCGGCCCCGUGGUCGGGUUGCCCCUGUUGCCUUAUUCCUCCAACGGGGCUGAACUAGCCACGGUCAAAUUCUCGACGACAGCACUUAAUUUAGCUCCUGGUACGACUGGAGUUCUGAUGAUUGACCCUGUGAUUCAAACCCCUGAGUUCGUGCUGAUCCAAGAGAGUGACACCUUCAAGAUAACGAUCGAGGACACCUUCACCAUUGACUUUGAUAUCCUCUGGCCUACGCGCCAAUUCAGCUCCGAUUCCCCGCGCCUGCCGUCGAGCACGUGGUGGCCAAGCGGCAACUUCUCGCGCGGUGGUUCGAUCGAGAAUGGCGAGUACAAGAUCCUGUCGAGGGCACUUCGAAAGUGUGGUGACUACCAUAACAUCAGCGACUGGCAGAUCAGAGUCUCGCCUCACAUCAUCGUCGGCAAAACUAGUGGUUGA